UUAUGGGAAAAAGCAUACAAGUUGAUACUUUGGUUUAGUCUUGUGUUUUUCUUUCGUGACACUUUAGUAUCUCAAUGUUAGUAAUUUGUGUUCAAAUUCAUUAAUAUUGUUAAUAGUUUUGGUCAUUAAAUUUCAAAUGAAGUUCGAUGAUGACGGCAAAAUUGGUCUUAUGAAAUAGAUAGCGAAAAAUAGAGUUUUUCAGUAUUGUCAGAUUAUUCAAAACUAAUUAGAGUUGACUAGAAUUUUAAAAUAAAAAAUAAAUAAAUUGCAAGAUUAUUUUUUUCUUAUUAAUUUUUUUAUAAAUUUAAUAAAAAUUGAUAUGACUAAUCUUGAAUAAAAGUUAAGUUGAUAACGGCAUUAGUGAAUUUGAUUGUCAAUUUUUAACGUGUCCGAAUACUAAAAUUUUUAAAAAAAUCACUUUUCAAAAUUUUGAAUUUUUCUUUUUAAUUCUGGAAAUAACUUUUGGAAAAAGAUGGAUUUUCUAGUCAUUUUACUGAACAAUUAAAAAAAAAAAUCCAAAAGAAAAAAGGCAAAAAACUGAUUUGGAAAUUUAGAGAGGGUAAUUGUUAUCUAUUAAGAAGGAUUGUUAAAACCUAUAAAAAAAAAAAAGAAUUAAUAGCAUAGUUAUAAAAAAAUUAUCCGUUUAUUUUAGAAGUAUUUUCACAAAACUAUCUAUAUUUACCCACACAAAGUAAAAAUAAAUAAAUCAGAAUGCAUCUUAAAAUAAUUAAAAAAAGGAACACAAUGCACCUAAAAUGUACUACUAUUCUUGGAGAAUUACUCCUAGCCUCUCUCUCUCUCUCAGCAAUAAUGCUUACAAAAAUAAAACACACACAAAAAGGAAAACUUUGUACUGGGCAUUGGAUUUUUGCUGUUCUGUUGCAAGUUGCAAAUGGUUAAGAAAGAAGCCAUGGCUGAUUCAACGGUGUCUACCUUUAUGCAAAUGGUAUUCGAGCAAUUAGCCUCUCCAAUAGUUGAAGAAUUUGGACUGAUACAUGGGAUGGUGUCCAAAAAAAGCUCAGCAAACUUUCUCGUAUGCUAGUGAGCAUCCGAGCUGUCAUGAAUGAUGCAGAACAAAGGCAGAUACUUGAAGAAGCAAUAAGUAUAUGGCUUAAAGAGCUCAAAGAAAUUGCGUAUGAUGCUGACGACAUACUAGACGAGAUGUCAACUGAAGUUCAGCGUUUGCAUCUGCAGCCACAGGACCAGAACAUCUUCUCUUUCUUGAAUCCAGGCACUUUCUUUUUCGACAUGAGAUUGGAUCAAAGAUUGAUGAGGUUAUUGAGAAGUUGGAGAAUAUAGCAAAGGAGAAAGAGCAUCUCCAUUUAAGAGAAGGAGCUCUUGGUAUUACUAUUAAUAAGGCUAGAUUUAGGAGGCCUCAAACUAGCUCUAGUCGAGGAGCAGAACAUUUUUGGAAGGAUGAAUGGUAGAGAGGAGCUAAUUUCUUCACUUUUAUGUGAGGGCAAUCAGGAGACAAGGUUAUCUGUUGUUCCUGUAGUCGGGAUGGGAGGAUUGGGAAAGUCAACACUCUGCAGCUCUUUUACAAUGAUAAGGAUAUUCCCAUGCAUUUCGACUUGCGAAUGUGGGUUUGUAUUCUGGAAGACUUUGAUCUGAAGUUGAUUAUAAAAGCAAUCAUAGAAUCUGCAACUGGGGCUAAGUUUGUUCUCCUUGAUAUGGAUCCGAAGCAGAAGCAUCUUCAACGAGUGAUAAAGGAAAAGAAAUACUUGCUUGUGUUGGAUGAUGUUUAGAACGAGAGCUAUAAUGAAUAGGAUAUGCUCCGAGUUCCAUUUAAUGCCCGGGCAUAUGGAAGUAAAAUAAUUGUCACUACUAGGAGUGAAGUGGUUUGUUUCCUGAUGGGUACUAUUCCUGCCCAUUCUUUGAAAGGUUUAUCAGAUACUGAUUGUUGGUCAUUAUUUAAGAGUCGGGCAUUUCCAUACUCGAGUUCUCAUGUGCUUCAGAAUUUGGAACGAAUUGGCAAAAGAAUUGUGAUAAAAUGCCAGGGGCUCCCUUUGGCUCUGAAGGCUCUGGGUGAUCGUCUAAGUCACGUAAGAGAUGAAAAUGGAUGGGCUUUUAUCUCAGAAAGUGAAAUAUGGGAAUUACCACAAGACAAGAUUGAUAUUUUACAGCAGCUAAGACGGAGUUAUCAGCAAUUGCCAAGUCAUCUGAAACAAUGUUUCGGAUAUUGCUCAAUCUUUCCAGGAGAUCAUGAAUACAAUAAAGAAAGCUUAAUUCAGUUGUGGAUGGCAGAAGGAUUUGUUCAGCUUAAAGGAAUUAAACAACUGGAAGAUCUAGGCGAGGAUAAUUUUGAUGAUCUACUGACCAGGUCAUUCUUUCACUUCUCUCACACCGAUCCAUUCGAUGAUGAGCCAAGGUACAUAAUGCAUGGUCUUAUUCAUGACUUAUCACAAUUGGUCACUCAUGGCGACUAUGUUUCAAUUAAUGCUAGCAGGAUGUCCUCCAUGUCCAGAAGGUACCGUCACGUAUCUAUUACUUGUGAUACUCCUGAACUAGUUGAUUUCAGAACUGUAAGUGAAUUUACAAGGGUCCGUAGUUUGCUGUUCUUUGGUGGAUACAGAUACAAUAUCAAGAAAAUCCCCCAUGAUUUAUUUGAGAAGCUGAAAUCUUUGCGUACAUUGGAUUUAAGCCAUACUAGCAUUACUGAGUUACCAAGUUCAAUAGGAAACUCCAAGCAUUUGAGGUUUCUUGACCUCUCAUGGACCUGUAUUCAGAUACUGCCUGAUACCAUUUGCAGCCUAUGCAAUCUGCAGACCCUGAACUUAAAAAAGUGCCUUGAGCUCCGGACUUUGCCUGAUAACAUGAGCAGUUUAAUUAAUCUGCGGCAUUUCAAUGUUUCCUACAGCACAGCUUUGCUAAGGAUCCUUCCGUUCUCUGAUAGAAGGUUUCUGGACCUUCCAAAGUGCAUCAGGAAUCUUAUUAAUCUUUGUGAUAUUGAUAUUUCUCUUGGCACGAGUUUUAGAAAAUUCUUCCGUUUGCUGAAAGGAAGUCUUGCCUAGAUUCUCUCUCUCGAAUGGUUUCCUCACCACCAGUUAUGAGGAGACUAAAACAUCUUUAAACGUUAUCCAACUUUGUGCUAACCAAAAGGAGUGGAUGUGGCGUGGAAGAGUUGAAUAGUACGGUGGAUCUAAGAGGAUCAAUUUGCAUAUCAAAACUUGAGAAUGUGAGGAAUGAAGAGAGAGUGCUAAGGAGGCUGACAUGAAGAGCAAGCAGCGUCUUCAUAAGUUGACACUUAAAUGGAGAGAAGGAAGCCUCUACAUUUGGCGGCAUAGGGCUCUAGCAGAGCAGGUCUCCAUUUGCUUGUUCAAUUGUCAAAACUGUGAAACUCUUCCAAGCUUGUGGCAGUUUCCAUCACUCAAACAGGUAAUAAUCCAUGGAUUUCGUGGUUUAACACAAAUGGACGAUGAUUUCUAUGGGAAUGGUAGUCUUGUGAGAUUCCCUUCUCUGGAAACGCUUGAAAUAAAGGAUUCCCUAACUUGGAGUUCUGAUCAGGAGCUGAUGCAGGUCAAAUGCCUUGCCUUCAUGAACUUACUGUCUGGGAUUGUCCAAAGAUAAAUGAGAUACCAACCCUCCCAUGCAAUCUUGCUGUUUUAGAAGUAGCCAUUUGUAAGGGAAUUCAUUCUCUUCCGAUGAUUUCUUCUAUCCAGAACCUAGUGCUUGUCCGAUGCAAUGAGAUGAUACUGAAUUCAUUGCCUUGCUUUACAUCUCUAUCCUCUUUGAAUAUUUCUGGCUUGUCCCGCCUGAAAUACCUUCCUGAUAGUCUAAUUCAGUACCUAGCAUCGUCACUUAAAACAUUACAAGUUGUUGAUUCUGAUGAUCUCACCUUGUUGACUCUGGAGGGAAGUCUGUGGAAGCUUACAUCCUUGGAACAAUUGGAUAUCUGCAGUUGUCCUCGAUUGACAACACUGAAAAGCGAGGUACUGCCGUCCAACCUGAAGUCUUUCCGGUUAAUAUCUUGUUCAAACCUGACAGCUCUACCAGAACGAUUGGACUACCUCCUAGCCCUUGAGCUUUUAGAAGCAUGGAAUUUUUCUCAACUUAUGUCCCUGCCUGAAAGCAGGUUGCCGUUGAACCUCCAAUUAUUUUGUGUCACAUUCCCAACAUAAAAAUUGAUUUUGAAUGGAUUCAACAGAACUGACUUCGUAACAUUUGUCACUCAACACUGAAAUGGGAAUACUUUGGUAUGUAACGCCAAAUUGUCUUACUCUGAUGACUUGUUUUUACUGUGGAGAAUGAUUAUUUUUUUAUCAACUGCUGAAAUUGAUUAUGUUCUCUAAGCUGCUCUCCCAUCAUCCUAGGAUAUUUUGGUAUACAGAAAUUUAAACAGUGACUUUACUGUGGCCAAUUUCCAUGUUUAAUAUGAUAAACCCUUUUUUUUAGUAUAUAUAUCUAGAUUUAAUCUAUUGGCAAGACCUUUAUGGGCGGUAAAGUAUUCCUUCAAAAGUUUUAACUCAGCUGCAUACCUAAGGUUCGUUCACAAAUUGCAUACUCUCCCAGUAUAGUAAGAUUCUAUACACUUGUUCUAUUUCUUUUCUUUUUAAGAUUAACGUUCUUGAACAUUACUGGAGAAACAUCCUUUACAGGCUAUUUUUCAGAAUGAAGCUCCCAAUGCUGACAAGGUUGUUUUUUCAAGAAUUCUGCUCAAAUUUUUCCUUUCAAAGGUUUGCCUUCUGGUUUAUGAUUGAAUACAGUCAGUAAUUCUAUGUUCCAUUUCCAUUUGUUUGUUGUGGUUCAAUAAAAUCUCUCUUUUGGUAUUGAAGCAUUCCAAAGUACCUGAAAUACGGAUUUACACUUUCAUAUAAUAUAUGGGCAAGUAUAUUACAACGAA